GGAGUCGGGUAGACAGAGAUACAAUUGACGGUUGUCAUGGCGGCGGCUGCGACGGCGGAUUCGCUGUGGGAGGACCGAGAUGUUCGCUUUGACAUCUCUUCGCAGCAAAUGAAAAUGAGACCAGGGGAGGUCCUAAUUGAUUGUUUGGAGCCUAUUGAAGAUACUAAAGGAAACAAUGGAGAGAAAGGCAGACUCUUAGUAACAAACUUAAGGAUUAUUUGGCAUUCUGUUGUAUUGCCUAGAGUCAACCUCUAGCUUAUGAAACAUCGAAAAUGUACCGGGAACUGAAGUUGAGAUCUGCAUUAAUUCAGAACAAGCAAUUAAGAUUGUUACCAAAAGAACAAGUGUAUGACAAAAUAAAUGGUGUUUGGAACUUAUCUAGUGACCAGGGAAACCUGGGUACAUUUUUUAUUACAAAUGUUAGAGUGGUUUGGCACGCUAAUAUGAAUGAUAGCUUUAAUGUCAGUAUACCAUAUCUGCAAAUUCGUUCUAUAAAGAUUAGAGAUUCAAAAUUUGGCUUGGCACUUGUCAUUGAAAGUUCUCAGGCGACUGGAGGAUAUGUGCUUGGAUUUAAGAUUGACCCAAUUGAAAAAUUAGAGGAAACCGCAAAAGAAAUAAAUUCAUUGCAUAAAGUGUUUUCAGUCAGUCCUAUAUUUGGAGUAGAUUAUGAAAUGGAAGAAAAGCCUCAGCAGCUCGAAGAUUUGACCGUAGAACAAAUAGAGGAGGAUGUAGAAAUAGAGGCAAAUGAGCAGACAGAUGCCUUUGUGGCUUAUUUUGCUGAUGGAAACAAGCAACAAGACCGCGAGCCUGUUUUUUCUGAAGAGCUAGGACUCGCCAUAGAAAAACUAAAAGAUGGAUUCACGCUGCAAGGACUCUGGGAAGUAAUGGGUUGAUAUUCAUUUUAAAAAGAUGUAAUAAUUAACAAAAUAUACUUUGUCUCUAAAAGUCUUGCUGCAGUCUUUUUAAUCAGUUAAGCUAUAAGCUACCUCUUUUACGUAGAUUGCAAGAAAAAAAUAGUGUUCUUGUAUAGUUUUAAUGUAAUUGCUUGCAUAUAUAAGAUAUUUAAGCUCUGCUUUGUACCUUUAUACAGUACUUUAACUGCUUGCAUUAACAUCCAUUGUGUAUUAUUUAAAUGUCACUGUAAAUAAAACUGAUAGUUCAUAGUG